GUCAUGGCAUAUUGCAGGAGUACAACAUGGCGACUCACGUCUUGAGCAACAUUCAUACUUAAAAUCAUAGUGAUGUUCACUUAUUUUACUGAUGUUUUCUAUUGAAAUCGCCUGUCAAAAGUGGUCAAUAAAACUAUCAUCAAGCACUGUUGGAUCUAUUGUUCCUGACAUGUCUUGAGUGAGUUUUACAUUUAUGAUCGUCAGUGAAGAUGGCAUCAUCUAGGCCAACUGUGUCCUCCAUUGAGGACAUUGCCUGGAAGCAGGAACAGCGGGACUUCUGCAAUUUUGAAAAUUAUGCCCUGCCAGGCACUGUUCUGGCAUCAUUCAACGAGCUCAGACAUGGCAAUGAUUUGAUUGAUGUUGUACUUACUGUAGGAGAGAAGGAAAUCCCUUGUCACAGAGUCGUUUUGGCAGCCAGCAGCCCGUAUUUCAAGGCCAUGUUCACCCGCAAUGUAGAGGAAAGGGGCCAGAGGAAAGUGACACUUCAGGAUGUCAACCCAAAUAUGCUACAGAUGAUAGUGGAUUACAUUUACACAUCACAGGUGCGAAUAACAACAGAGAAUGUGCAAGAACUUCUGUCCACGUCUAACUUUUUCCUGAUCAAGUGCCUGGUGUACGCCUGCAGCAACUUUCUCAUCAGGCAGUUGGAUGUGGACAACUGCAUCGAGAUGCACAGUUUUGCUGAGUCCCAGGGUUGCGAGGAACUCAGCCGAGCUGCCUGCGGGUAUGUAGUCCGGGAGUUCCCACAGGUGUGCAAGACGGAGGCCUUCCUCAAUGCAAGCCCACAGCUGCUGAGCCAGUAUGCUGCCCACGAGAAUCUGAACGUGAGGAGUGAGGCGGAGCUCUUGAGGGCACUUUUGGAAUGGCUUACGCACGGAGAGAAACGCGAGGCAAAGCAGAGGAGCUUCCUGUCCGUAGUCAGGCACGUCAGGCUCCCGUUUGUCGGCCAGGAGUGCUUGGAGGAACUCAGCAAGAUGCCGCUGUGUCAUUUUCUUGUCAGUAACUCCGUAAACUACUGUUGUGAGCCACCCUUGCAACUCCACAAGUGGAACAAGCUGGCGCCAAUACCUUACACGAUUCGGAACGUCGUCAUGUACGACGUGGUGCGAUUCAAGAACGAUGUAUACUUGACCGGGGGAUUUGACGGUGAGAUGCAACCUGGGGCUGUGACGUAUGUCUGGGCGUACCGCACUGAGAUGGACACAUGGGAAGAGCAGGAGAGACUGAAUGUUGCAAGAUAUCAGCAUUGCUCGGCGGUACUUGGUGGGCACAUCUACAUUAUUGGUGGCUACGAUGGAAAAACCAAACUCACCAGCGUCGAAACCUACGAUUCAGGCAGCAAUACCUGGACAUGCAUUCAGCCAAUGACAAUCCCUGUUGCAUUUGCCACUGCCGCUGCAUGGAAUGGAAGGCUGUUCGUGAUUGGUGGAAUGACCCAGGAUGAUCGGGUGUUCAGUGGGAUUCAGUGUUACGACUUGGAGCAUCAGACAUGGACUGUUAUCAGUACGCUUCAGGUUAACCGAAAAGGUUGCAAGUGCGUGCUGUUGAACGAUCUGAUCUACCUCUUCGGAGGCGUGACAAGGGAGGUGCAAGUCUACGACCCUGCCUGCGACAAAGCCUUUAAUGUAGCUUCGAUGAUAAGCACUCACAUGUGCACUGGAGCCACAGUGCUGAAUGGGAAAAUCUAUGUUGCAGGUGGCGACAAUCUUGAAAACACCGUAAACAACAAGUGGGACUCUGUGGAAUGCUAUGACCCGGUCACCGACGAGUGGCAAAUGGUGGGCACCAUGCCCCUCUCGCUCUACAUGCAUGGUCUGGUGACGGUCAUCCGCAACUGCCUGACCAUACGCACCCCACCAAAUGAGAUGCUGCAGCCAAUUGGACCGUCCAUGCUGUACAGGGGCUAUGGGGAAGGCCGGGUGGAUUAUGACCUGAGCUGCAGAUGACACAAAAGUCAAGUCUGUGGAGGCGACCCUGUGUUGAACUUGGCUGAUGUCUUCUGCCCGUUUUGCAGCAGAGAUCAAUCUUUGAAGGAGGCUUCAAGUAUGAAGACACCCCCCAGAGAAAUCAGCAUUGGUGUUGCUUUGCUAACGUAGAACUUAAAAAGGGGCUGUUUGUAUUGGAUCAUGCUAUUUAGCAUCAGGGUACAUCAGCAAACAUCAACAUGUACAAGCAUUUCGAUGGGUAAAUAAUGAGUUUAAAAUAUAGAUGGGACUUCCAAAUAUAACUCAGUUUCUGCCAUUUAUUUCAAAGGAUAUUUUGAGUUGAAAUUGUUGGCAAGUUUAAACAUUGACUGUGCCACAUGUGCAGCCCAACGUAGCAGCAGUCAAUUUUCCGUACAGUGGAUCAUUAAAAGAAAGAUGGCAGCCUCCACUCUAUGUGAAAAACAUGUCAUUUUCCUGCAGGAAGGUGGAUGUACAUGUAAAUGUACAUUUACCCUCUUGCGUAAUUAGGAUAACCGAAAGUCUACUAAAUCCAGUGAUUCCCUUUUUUGAAGCUUUAGAACACAGUUUGACAUUGUGUGGUGUUGACGCUGGUCAUAUCUGCUCGCACUUGCUGAUGCUUACAGGAGCCAGUCUAAUCUUGUCAUUUCACAGUGCCCAGAGUUUCAGACCACAGUUGGCAGAUACGUGUAUAUGUUUCUAUUUACUGAAAAGUUGUGCUUGGUGCACAAUUAAAGAUAACUUAUGGUAAAACCCUGUUGACGUGUGUUUUUAAACUAUGAAUCUCCAGUAUUUUGUGUUUGAGAUUUCCUGAGAAGAUUUAUAGAUAUUCUAAUGUCAAGGCUUUUAUUUAUUUUGUUUGAGUAUUGAUUUUGCAAAGGCAUUGGUGAAAUAUUUAUUGUACAUAUGUAAAAGAGAGUAAAUGAGAGGAAAUAUUGGAAGCAGAGCAGUUUUA